UCAAAAUCAUCUUCUCUCUCACGAAUAAAGAAAAAAACAAGCAAAUCUUACCCGUGAAAAGAUCCCACGGGGGCCGGGGAGAGCCGGCGGUGGACCCUCUGUCGAUUACUAUUUUUAACCUAAUCAAACAGAACCAGCUAACAAAGAGUUUGUGACUGAUGGAUAGCUUAGAGUUUAGAUAGUCUUCUUCUAUAGAGUUGAUAGACAACAGGAAAAGAAAAGCCCACCCUUCGUUCCAACACUUGGAAUUCAGACAAAAACAAAAUCCAAGUUGAUAAAAAAAAAAAGGUCGGAAAAUUAAUCACAGCCGAUUAUCACCAAAACCCGACACUUUACUUUUUUUUUUUUUUUUAAAAGUCAAUGGAUUCUGCUUCUGGAGGGGCUGCUGCAACCAACCUGAAUAGCAUCAACGAGGUUCAACCAUCAGCUACAGCACCGCCGCCCACGGCUUCACAAGAAGGAGCUGGUGAGUCAUCUUCUUCCCCAGCUCCACCGAGUCGCUACGAGUCACAAAAGCGUCGAGACUGGAACACUUUCUUGCAGUACUUGAAGAACUAUAAGCCCCCAUUAACACUAGCUCGUUGCAGUGGCGCACACGUAAUUGAGUUCUUGAACUACCUUGACCAGUUUGGCAAAACUAAGGUUCACAUAACCGGUUGUCCUUAUUUCGGACAUCCAAACCCACCUGAUCCAUGCUCUUGCCCACUCAAACAAGCGUGGGGUAGCCUAGACGCGCUAAUCGGACGGCUGAGAGCUGCUUAUGAAGAAAGCGGUGGAUGUCCAGAAUCAAACCCUUUUGGCGCAAAGGCUGUGAGGAUUUAUUUGAGGGAAGUCAGAGAAGGGCAGGCUAAAGCUAGAGGGAUUCCUUACGAGAAGAAGAAGCGAAAAAGGCCUACUCCUGUCACAACUACGGCUGUGGGGAUCAAUGUGUCGGCGGCUUUCACUCAAGCGGUCGAUGGUGGAGGGCGUGGCGGCGGCGUUGGUGGUGGAACUGCGGCUAAUGUUGUUACUGUCACUGCUGCUGCUGCUGCGACCACAACUACCGUAUAGUUUUGUUUUUUUAACGGCUGUUUUGAAUAUGAUUACGAGUUAUAUAUAUAUUUGACGGUUCUGUCUGAAAAGUGGAUAGCUAUCCCAUGAACCAAAUUUAGUUAGAAAUCUAGUUUUAAUCUCUUUCGAACAAUCUCUCUCUUUUUUCUAUUUGAUAAGACUUCUAUCUUCUCUAGUUUCUUCAUUUCUUGUUACAUAUGAAUGAACAUGAUUACGACUACAUAUAAAAACAUACAUGUAAAAUUGAAAUAAAAAAACAA